AUGGAAACUUGCGCCCAUAGUCGAUGCCCGUCUCCAUCUCCCACUCCAGAAAAGGCACGUUGUUCCUGCCCUCACUGUGAGAUUCAUUCCAAUGCAACACGCUCUCCUUCGCCAAGCAACAGUGAAUUCUCUGGCUAUGACCCAGCCAAGACCUGUUGCGGUGGAUGCCACGCUAUCAAACGGGAUCCCGAGCCCUCUUCACAUGCGGAGAAAGCACAUUGCUCCUGUAACCAGCAGUGUCAGCUUCACCCAAACGAGACACGCCCAUUCACACCAAGCAGCAGUGAAUAUUCCGACUCGGAAUCUACCACACAAUGCCAUGGCAGCUGUCAUCGGUGGAAAAGCGAGCGUUAUUUCACCGACACACGUCCCACCACGGUAAACAGCGGCCACUUUUCGGAUCAAGAGCCGAUCAGAAAGCGCCGCAGUGGUCAUCCCACUUCAAAACGGGAGCCAGAACACUCUCCACGGGUGGAGCAGUGUCAAUGCGAAGCCCAUGCAUCUCCCAACAUACCUGCUGUAUCAAAUCCCAGAUUCACUUCUCCGCGUGCAUCAGCCAUGGCAGCACCACGCCCAGCCUCGACGGGUACCCCUCACCACCAAUGUCGCAAGGCAUCUUAUUGCGAAACCCACCCAGAGACUUGCCAAGCGUUAAGGUCUGCUCAUGUCUCAAGGGUGAGGUCGAUGCCAAUACCGGCACGCUCUCCCGAGAUUGGUGAAGCCCGGCCGAAUGAAAAGCCCCGGCGCAGCCGCCGGGCUGAAACUGUUCAGCCAGAAUGCACCUGCAGACGUUCCCCAUCUCCGGCCAAGCAAGCGCCUCCCUUGAGACCUGUGUCUGCCUCUAAGCCUGGAUCUCUGAGGCCCGAUAGUCUGCAUUGCAACUGCCACAUGGAUGGGUAUUAUGCCGAUGACUCUGGAUACUACACUACUUAUGAUGAUGACACUGUAUCUGAUGCCGAUGCCUCGAUCCAAGCAACGAGUGGUCAUCUCAGAACGGAUGAUGAGUCAAAUGAGUCAAACUGUGUUUAUUAUCACCGUUGUCGUCCGAAGUUUGAGUGCGGUAUUGGUUGGGUAUGCGGAAGGAAGUGA